AUGAGUUACAUUAUACAGCAAGAUCAACAAAAUUAUAACAGAUAUACAAGUUUUUUCAGAAAGUAAGUAAUUAUCAAUAUUAAUGACUAGCCCAAUAUAUAAUUUCAAACGAGAUGAAAAAAGGUUGAUUUAGAACUGA